UCUUCGUUUUCCAGUCUUCAGUUUCUCGCGCACCACCGUGGCAUCAUCUUGUACCGCCGCCUUCAUCUGUCUACACAGGGAGUAUAAUCGUCACCACCGCAACAUUUCUCCACCGAAUUUUGUAAGUUUGAAUUUCUCGCCUCAGUCAGUCGGCCUCUUUGCAAAUUUUGAGUUUAAGUCCUUGUAAUUUGAGGUAUUGUGUUAUAGUAUAUAUUUUUGCUGUUUUAUACGGAUGUUUUUCUUUGAGUUUUGUGAUUCGAGCCGUGCUUCUCAUCACCGUGUUCUUAUCUCCAUAGUUUUAGGUUUUAGGUUGAUUGACGGCCGUACUAGAGCUAUUACGGCCUUUUACGCUCUUAUUGGUUUCGUGUUAUUUUUCUGAAAGAGAAAAUUUCAAGUUUGAGAUUAUAGGUUUUCAGCUUUGAAUGAAGGGCUAGAAGUGGUGUAUAAAUAAUGUACUUGAAAGAAGGAUGUUCCUUAUUAUUCAAACUCCACAAACCUUCAAUUCCAUUUAUCCUCAACACAAACACAGUUUUCAGUCUUGAUAGGAACAUUCAAAAUGAGCAAAAACCAGAAAAAAUCAAAGAAUCUGAAGUGUUACAUAGACUGAUCAAUGAACCCAACGUCUCUCUGGCUAUGCAGUAUUUCAAGUUCUUAGCUAAUUCAAGAACCUUUAGACACACCCCAUUAACAUAUCGAGUUAUGAUCAAGAAACUGGCACAAGAAUGUGAAACAGAUGGCGUUCACUACCUUUUGCAGCAAAUGAAACUGGAAGGAUUCAGUUGUUCUGAAGAUCUGUUCGUAAGUGUGAUUAAUUCUUAUCAGAGGAUGGGGCUAGCUGAGCAGGCACUAAAGAUGUUCUACAGAAUCAGAGAAUUCAGGUGCACGCCUACGGUUAAGAUUUAUAAUCAUAUUUUGGAUGCUUUGCUUAGUGAAAGUAGGUUUCAGAUGAUUAAUUCUAUAUAUAGGAGCAUGAAGAGAGAUGGGAUGGAACCGAAUGUCUUUACUUAUAAUAUCCUUUUGAAAGCAUUGUGUAAAAAUAAUAGGGUGGAUGGUGCUUGCAAGUUGCUUAUAGAAAUGUCGAAGAAAGGGUGUUCUCCUGAUGCUGUGAGUUACACUAUAGUAUCCUCAAUGUGUAAGCUUGACAUGGUAGACGAGGCAAGGGAGCUUGUCGUGGGAUUUAAACCAGUUGUGAGUGUUUAUAAUGCUCUGGUUAAAGGGCUCUGUAGAGAAAGCAAAUUCAGGGAGGUAUUUGGAUUGCUAAGAAACAUGGUGGAAUUGGACAUUGACCCCAAUGUUAUAACAUACUCAACAAUCAUUAAUUCUCUUUGUGACGUGGGGAAUAUUGAGCUGUCUCUUGCAGUUUUGGGUCAGAUGUUUGAGAGAGGAUGUGAUCCCAAUAUUUGGACCUUUACUUCUUUGCUGAAGGGCUGUUUCAUGAGACAUAGACUGCCUGAAGCAUUCGACCUCUGGAGCAGGAUGAUCAGAGAGGGGUUUUUACCCAAUGUUAUUGCGUAUAACACCUUAAUUCAUGGCCUCUGUGUAAAUCAAAAUGUUGAUGAAGCUCUAUCUGUUUUUCAUCAGAUGGAGAAAAAGGGGUGCCGUCCAAAUGUGACAACAUAUACCUCUCUUAUUGAUGGCUUUGCAAAAGCUGGUAGCUUGGUUGGUGCUUCUGAGAUAUGGAACAAGAUGGUAAUCAAUGGUUGCUGGCCUAAUGUUGUGACUUACACUUGCAUGGUCGAUCUCCUUUGUCAGCAUUCUAUGUUUAGCCAAGCUCAGUAUCUUAUUGAGAAGAUGGCAAGGGAACAUUGUCCUCCUAAUGCAAUUACAUUCAAUGUGCUUAUCAACAGUUUAUGUGGCAGAGGAAGAGUAGAGUGGGCAUUAGAAGUGCUUGAUGAAAUGGGAGAUUAUGGGUGCUUACCUAAUAUCACAACCUCUAAUGAGCUACCUCAUGGUCUCUCCAAAGUAAAUAAAAUUAAUGAAGCUUUCCAGCUCAGCAAAGAGAUUGAAGAAAGAGGCAUGAAAUGGAGUUUGAUUACUUAUAACAUCCUUUUAUCUGGAUUAGCCCGUGCCUGGUAUGAUCAAGGGGAUGUGCAACUGAUUUGGAAAAUGCUGAUGGAUGGAAAAAAGCCUGAUGUUAGCACAUACAACAUGGUACUUCUUGCAUACUGUAAGAAGGGAAUGGUCAGUGCUGCCAUCCAACUUUUGGAUAAAACUAGUGCAGGAGGAGAGUGGCAUCCUGACAUAGUUUCAUACACUAAUCUUCUUUGGGGGAUCUGCAAUUGGAUUGGGGUUGAGGAAGCCACAAGGUUUCUUCACAACAUGAUAAAUGAAGGGAUCAGACCCAACAUUGCCACAUGGAAUGUGUUAGUCCGCUGUUUUUUCUGCAACUUAGGUCAUUUAGGGUCAGUUCAUAUUCUGGAUAACAUCAUAGGUAAUGCUGAGAAGAAAAGCACAGGGGACAAAUAUAUAUAGUGUCCAAUUAUUGGCAAGAUUGUACAGAUACUGGUUUUAAUUGAAUAUGGAUUUUCAAUAUGAUAUUUUUUGGGCAUGCUUUGAAUUCAACCUAUCCUUAGCUUUGCAAGUGGUAAUCUGGGACCCAACUAUAUGGAUUGCCAAUGAUCAGGUUCUUGGGAAGUUCCAUCACAAGCUUCAAGUUCUUUCUGAUCCUGUAAUUUCCUCAAGUUUCUGUUGAAAUUUGGAUCAAGAAAGAAUGGAUGGGCUCACAAAAUUCCCUAAUUCUGGAUGAACACUAAGGUCAAGGCAGAAGCGCUUCUCUUCUGCAUACCAUUCCUGUGAGUUCCUUGCAUCAGAUUAUUUCAUAGAAGGUAUGACCCUAGCGAAGGGAGCCUUAGCCCAUGAUUCAAAGGAAGUAAAACAGAAGAUCAACUUCGGGUAUUGUACUUUUGUUGGAGGAAAUCUUACGACUUGGCUUAGAAAAAACAGAAUAUGGUGGCUAGAAAUAGUGUUGAAGCAGAGUUUAAGAUGGUGGCACAUUGUAUAUGUGAAGCUUUAUGGAUUAAAUAGUUUCUUGAAGAACUUAAAAGCUACUAGUCCCUUAUCCAUGGAUGUUUUUUGUGAUAAUAAAGUCACCAUUGCAAUAGCACAUGAUCUAUUACUCCAUGAUAGAACUAAGUAUCUUGAAGUUAACACAUACUUUAUUAAGGAGAAAUUGGAAAUUGGAUUCGUUGUUUUGUCCUAUAUUUCUAUGUUUGAACAAGUAGCAAUACUCUCUAAAGGCUUACUGAAGAAGCAAGUUGAUAAAAUUGGUGAACAAACUUGCUAUUAAUGACGACUUUCAGGCAGCUUGAAGGAGAGUGUUGAGAAUGCAUGAUUGUAUAUUUUAUAAUUACGGUGAUAUGAUUUUCUUCCUAGAAAUCAAGGUUUAUUUUUGUA